AUGAUAGAAGAUUUGUGUUAUACGUUAAGAUGGAAAAAACGCCCAAUAUUUGGAGAUUACUAUAGAAACUGGAUGAAAUGUACAAUAGAAUCAAAUAUAAAGUUCAUUAAGAAAGGAACAAGCGUGAAUAGAUUUGUAACCAACGUAUUGGAUAAUGAAAUACGGGCAUAUAAAAUCAACAAUUUCAUAAAAGAAUUACCUACAUAUGAAAUUUUAUUCAAGAGAGGUAAUAAUGCAAUUAUAACGGAAGCUUGCAUCAGAUGCUACAAUAGAACCAAUAAUCAUAAUGUACCAGCAAAUUGGGACCACAUGUGGGAGUGUACGAGUAAUGAGUACACGGAAGAAAAAAUAAUGUUCAAUGCUCUUAUGGAAUUAGAAAAUGAAUUUAAAAAUAAUACGAUAAAAAUUAAGCCGUUAAAACAUGUCACGGUAGAAUAUAUAACGUUAAUGAAUCAAACAUCAAAAAUUUUAAUAUCGGAAAACACUGGCAGGCACGCCUUGAAAUUUAGAGAAUUGACGAAAGGUUUAUAUAAUAAUCAAUUAAAUAAAAUAGGAAGAACCGAAGCUAAGAAAGAGAUGGUUAAAGGAAAAGAUACUGUAUGGUUACCGAGAUGUUCAGAAGUUAUAGCAAAAGAAUUGAACAUAACAGCAAAAGAUAAAAAAGGAAAAGAAUGGAAGGAAAAAUAG